AAUUGGCCAAAGAGGAGUGUGCCCACGCAAGAGUCGGACGUCACGCCAGGAGUCCAGCCGUGAAGGGAACCGCGGGCAGUGAAGGAUGUGGCGCCUGCGAGUGACCCGCGAGGUGCUGGCCGUGGUGGCGGUGGCGGAGGCGCUGGUACUGGCGGUGACGGUGCGGCAGCUAGCGACUCUCGAGGCCCGCUGCGAGGACACCCUUCGACACCCACUGGAGGACAGACCGAAGCAGGGAGAGACGGCGGAGGGGGAGGAGUCCUUGGUGUGGCCGCCCCUGUACGUGGUGACCCCCACCUACCGCCGCGCCGCCCAGUUGGCCGACCUGACCCGCCUGGCGCAGACCCUCAGGCUGGUGCCGCGCCUGACCUGGGUGGUGGUCGAGGACGCGAAGGAAAGGAGCGAGGUGGUGGCUGAACUUCUGGAGCGGACGGGUCUGGACUACGCCCACUUGGCAGCCCCCACGCCGGACGAGUACAAGGAAAGGACAAUGUUGGGCCGAGGCGUCUUCAACAGACGCGAGGGACUGCGGUGGGUGAGGCAGCACGCGCACGACGGCGUUCUCUACUUCGCCGACGAUGACAACGCCUACGACGUGCGAAUCUUCCUACAGAUUCGGCGGACCCAGCGGGCGUCGGUAUUCCCGGUGGGUCUGAUCCUGAGGCUGGGCGUGAGCUCCCCCGUAGUGCGCGGCGGCAAAGUGGUGGGUUUCCACGACGCCUUCCAGGCGGGGAGGAAGUUCGCCGUGGACAUGGCUGGCUUCGCGGUCAACCUACGGGUGGUGCACGCCAACCCCGAGGCCACCAUACCUGUGCGGGUCUCCUACCUCGAGGACGGCUUCCUCAGGCAACUCAACCUCGAAUUGGAUGAUCUGGAGCCCCUUGCGUCAGGUUGCACUGAGGUGCUGGUGUGGCACACGAAGACCCAGCCGGCGGCCACACCGUCGCUGGAGCACGUGUCUCACGCCGACGCGGACACCAACCUGAUCCAGCUGUACCACAACCUGCUCCGCUGACCCUCCGCCCUCUCCUCCCUCCCCUCCUCCCUCCACUUCAUCACACUCAACUUCAGCAUGCUUGAAUCUUAUGCAAAGUCCUGCUAUUUUAUCCUCCACAGCCCACUUCCUAGCAUCGAUUAGCAUGCAUGCAAGCAAAUGUGUCAGUGUGUGUGCACAGUUCACCAUGGUCUGAUCACGCGAUAGACUAGCGAUCGCCAGCCACUAUCCUCCCCGAAAGAGGUUGCUCACAAGUGACCGAUCUCUGGAUACGGCUGAAACCUCACACCCACACACACCCGGAACACAACCCCCGACUGACACCCGGUACCCAUUCAUAGCUGGGUGUAAAGGGGUACAAAUUACAGGACUGUCCAUUUGUCUCCACUCCACCCGGGAAUCGAACCCGGGACCUCUCGGUUGCGAGGCGAGGGCGCUAACUAUCGCACUAAGGAGUUUCAUGUGUGUGUGUGUGUGUGUGUGUGUGUGUGUGUGUGUGUGUGUGUGUUGGGUGCUUGUUUUACCUUGUAUUACUAUAUCAAGUAAAAUAAAACGUCACCGUCCACAUA